AUGAAUUGGCUUUUCGGACAUUUUCAGUCGAUUAAAACGGCUACCCUACCGUCGUGCGUUUAUCGAGACGUCCUCAUUCGGGUUGAUGAUGAAACGCUCAAAAAUUGCAGGAGGGUUUGCCAAUCGUUCAAAGAAAUCAUCGAUUCACAAUCAUUCUGGAUUGAAAGGGCCCAAAUUUGCAAUUUGGAGCAUUGCCUGCCGCCGAGAGAAUGGCUCAAUUCUCAAAAAACGCUGAGCCAACAGGAAUUGGAUUUAAUUGGCGGUGAAGCCAAGUUCAACAUCAAGAAUAUGGUAUUAUCCAGAAAAGGCUAUUCGAAAUUCAGACCAUACGAAAUUCAUAGAAAUGAAAAUAUUCAAUUUCAUAAAAAUAAAUAUAAUCUUCGCGUUCGAGAAGGCGGCGAUGGAAUUUGCGUUGAGCCGAAUGAUGUCGGAUGCGAGCCUGAUGAUUCUGUCGACGCUUGCUUCGCAUUCUCUUACCGUCUUUCCACAAUUGGCAAUUUCGUCGAUCUCGAGGCAAUUGGAAUCGAUGGUUGGGUUUUGGACUACGUUCGCCCGAAAAUCCGCAUCAGUAUGAGCGUAUGCCAUCGAAAUGAUUGUGCCGCCGAGGUUCUGCUUAGCGCCGAGCUCAACUACCAAAAACGGCAGAUCAAACAUCGGGAAAAUGAGGAUGGGCUCAUCCAGCAGCGCGCAAAUGAGCCGCGUAGAAUGUCUGUGCAUCGAAGUUGGGACCAAUGGACAGAAGCGAAUUGGGAGAAAAUGAGCCUUGAAAUGACCGAUUAUCCAUCAGGCCUUCGACAUUUGUACGUCUCUGUGAUCGGCGUCGACAAUCAAUUCUGGAAAGGUUAUUUUGGUCCGAAAAUCGCCAACAUGGAAAUUGAAGUGGUCCUUCCCGACGAGGUGAGGCUUCUUCCAUUCAAAGAGGAUGAAGCUAAGGAUGAGGCCGACACGCGACCAUACCGCGAGACGCCGCCAAAUCGACACGGCAUUUUUGCGGUGCCCUUCCGAAAUCGUCGCCGUCUUGGAGAACUAUGA